AAAGGGGGCGGGGUUGGGGGGUGGUUACUUUAGCAAGAUGGCGGCGAGCGGCGUUCGCCGGGCGGCUGCUGCGGCCAGCACCUCGGUGAAGCCCAUUUUCAGUCGGGACAUGAACGAGGCCAAGCGGAGGGUUCGCGAGCUCUACCGCGCCUGGUAUCGGGAGGUGCCGACCACUGUGAACUUAUUCCAGCUAGACAUCUCAGUGAAACAGGGACGGGAUAAAGUCCGAGAAAUGUUUAUGAAGAAUGCCCACGUCACAGACCCCAGAGUGGUUGAUCUUCUAGUCAUUAAGGGAAAGAUGGAACUGGAGGAAACUAUUAAAGUGUGGAAGCAGCGGACACACGUUAUGCGGUUCUUCCAUGAAACAGAAACUCCAAGGCCAAAGGAUUUCCUGUCCAAGUUCUAUGUUGGCCACGACCCAUGAAGUCAUUCAGUGGGAAAGUGCAUGUUGAUAUUUAAAUACUUUAUAGUACAAAUAAACUCAGUAUAUGAUGGUCA